UAUCGCCUCUUGCCGCUGCUCAUUCAAUUGCCGAAAGCAAGCCAGUUUGGAUCGCAAAUAAAAUUAAGCACACGCCAUGUCGCAAAUAGAGGAGGAAACCCAGUGGCUGCGCUCUACGAUUCUCCCAAAGAUUCUAAAAAGCGCACGCUUGGUGGACAACUACAGCGAUGCAAAGACGGAUUCCUUUCAAGUGGGAGACAUCAAGAUCGAUGUGAUAGGACAUGCAGAGGCCUUUAUGCUGACCUUCUGCUACAGGACCAGCAUCACCUUCGACUACGACGGGGAGAAGUACCAGCGGAAAAUGGUCGUUAAGAAAACACCAAAUGUGCCUCCAGAUGUUUAUGAAAGCGUUCAGUUCGGACCGCUCUUCAGCAAUGAGAUCGAAUUCUACACGAAAAUUCUGCCAGAAAUUCAAAAGGUUACUGGUGGAACGUUUCCGGCUCCCAAGUAUUAUUACAGCGAGCUGAAUCAGAACUCGGCGGUGCUCAUUCUGGAGGACUUUGCCGAGCGAGGAUGGCGGGUGACCAAGGAUCGAGUGGGCCUAAGCCUGGAUCACGCCAUGGUUGCAGUGGAGUAUCUGGGCCAGUUCCAUGGCUUCACCUACGCCAUAAAGCACAAGAAUCCGGGGAAGUUUGCCCAGCUUACCAGUGGGUUGAAGGAGUCACGCUACGAGAGCGAUGUGGUUCACCCGGAGUGGGAUCUUACCAAUCAAACGAGCUUUAAGCGUGCGACCAAGGCGGUGGAGACCUACCAGCCGCAGAUCGACGGAAAGUUUGUAAGACACUUGUUCUUUCUGAUCGCGGACUACAAUUUGUAUGGCAGGCAGAGGGUGGCGCCAAGAGAGCCAAUGUGCACACUCUGCCACGGGGAUUAUGUGAGGAAUAAUGUGGCUUACAAGUACAUUGACCAGGACGAACAGGAGCCGCGGGAGAUCAUGAUGUUCGACUACCAAACUCUGCGGGUGUCCUCGCCCAUGAUCGAUCUCUCAUCCUUCCUGGCCAUAUCUGUUUAUGCUGAUGUGCGGUAUCCCAACUUUGAUGCCAUCUUCGAAAGAUACUGCUCUUCAUUGCAUACCAGCUACUUGAAGCACUCAAAGGAUUCUGAGAUCCCAGUCUUCAUGAGUCAAGAGGAGCUCUUGAAGGAGUACGUAAGGUUCCUGCCUUUCGGCCUCUUCAUCACAGCCACUUUCCUCAUGAGCCUGGUGGAGCCCUUGGACAUGUCGCAGGAUGAGAUGUUUGCCCUGCAGCUGACGGAUGAGGAGAUCGUCGAACGCUCCAUGAAACAGGGUGGUGAAAUAGUGGAUCGGGAGGUUGCCCAUCAGGUUAAGGAGAUCUUGGAGCUUAGCCAAAGGUGUGGUGUAUCUAUAGACGAUGGCAUUGAUUUGGAUAAGUUGCCAAGUGUCUUUCCUAUGAAUUAACUAACUUUCGAAGGAACUAUUUAAAAGAAAAAUAAAAAAAAGAAGUAUUAUUCUGAUUUCUUAAAAAAUAAGAUAAAUUACUCAUAGCUUCCAAACUCCUUUUGUAUUCAUCCACAAAUUUGAAUCUCCGCUUCUUCUUUGUUGUUCUCUUAAAGCCGAAAAGAGCAUUGAGCUAGCCUACAAAAGCAGCUCACAGCGCUCA